AUGCUUGAAGCGAUCGAUAUUGUGCUAAUCUCUAUUGGCACGAUUCUAUCAUUACUCGCUUCACUCGCUAUUCUUCUACUAUUUAUUGUUAAACGAAGAAAAUUACAAGGAAAAACCUAUGACUCCUCACCGAAGGUGGCUGUUGCCAAGGAGUACUACAUCGAACGACCUCCCACGAUAAGUGCGGCCGUUAAAAACGGUACAGCGCCUCAUUUCGUGUCGAAACCUGCAGCAGCCAACCUCUUGGUGAGAGUAGACGAGAAUGCUGGGAAGAAAUCACCGAUCAACGAGAGCAACGGAACCGUAAUUCUCAAGGUUGACGAAAUUGCGGAAGCCAAGGACCACGAUGAAGCUCAUCGUGGCUCGAAUUCCAUAAAGCGAUCACAUCGACCGUGUAAAAUCAAGCUUUCACCGGAUUUGGCCAAGGCAGCACAUGCUGAAGCAGUGCAGACGGAACAUACACUAGACAACUUCUUAGAAGAUCUAUCCAGGAUACGUAAUGGAGACGACGCAGUGAUUUAUGAGGAGUUCCAGCAUGGGAUUCGACCAGCCGAACGGGAUUGCUUGACUGCUGAAAAAGGCGCGAACACGAACCAUAUCGUUAGACAUUUGCGAGGUUAUCGAAACGCUGGUCAAUUCAUAGCUACACAGGGACCUAUUGGCCCUGAAGAAACCGGCGACGGACGAAAAGAGAGCACAGUGGACGACUUUUGGCGCAUGAUCUGGGAGAAGAAUGUCCAAUGUAUACUAAUGCUUACUGAUUGUGUGGAAAAUAUGAGACAGCGAUGUACGAAGUACUGGCCUCCUUUGGGCGAGGCACAUCAGUAUGGUGAUGUGGAAGUGGAUCUGAUCUCAGAAUCUGAAGACCCGAUCUGUCUUCACAGGGAGUUCGACAUCAAGAGGAAAGGCGAAAAAAGACAGGUCUCACAAUAUCAUUUCCUGAAUUGGCGUGAUUCUAAAGGACCAGAAAGUACCACGCAUCUGCUUGAUUUCAUUGAACGGGUCUGGAACAAACAAUUCCGAAAACCAAUCGUCGUCCAUUGUAGAACUGUGGUAUUCAAUAUGGAGCACUUUGAGUGCUACAUAAGAAAAGAGCCAUCAAAUGGGUGCUGA